AUAUUUUAAUUACAGAACUCUAAAGCGUAAAUGACCGGUAUCAGAAGUAUCGAAGUAUCAAUUUCCGUAUCGACCCACACAUCACUUGGCAUUUGGCACAGUGUAGCCAAGUGAUUUCGGCCCAGCGCAACACCACCCUGUCCGACAAUGAGGCUUCUCUCGACUUCAAACUUCCAUUACACUGUACUUUCAGCUUGAGGUUCCAUUGUCAUUGUUCGCCUCCCCUCCCUCGCCGUCAAAAUGGACAUUGUUCUUUCGGCGAUCUUUUCUUCCGAAGAGGAAGAGCAGUACGUCUUGGACUGCAUGGCGUACUUGAUGUUAUUAAUGGCAGCUUGGACAUUUUUCUGUUUGCUGUCUACCAAUGUACCCUACGGCCGAUAUGCCAUGUAUGGACACGGAUUUCCAGUGAAUGCGAAGUUCGCUUGGUGCGUCCAGGAGCUGCCCGCGUUUCUGGUGCCCGUGGGUCUGCUAGUGUGGACUUCUGCUUCCAAAACAUCACUGCUCACUAAUAAAUUGAUCAUUGCUAUGUAUCUCUGCCACUACGCACAGAGAUCGCUUGUUUAUCCAUUGUUAAUUCGUGGAGGUAAACCAACACCGUUCAUGUCGUUUGCUUUGGCGACCCUUUUCUGCCUCUACAAUGGCUUCAUGCAGAUCAGAUACCUGAGCCACUAUGCCGAGUACCCUGCAGACUGGAUUACACGACCGUGCUUCAUCACAGGAUCUGCGCUGUGGUUCCUUGGUUUGCUGGUGAAUUUGCAUUCCGACCACAUUCUGAGGAACCUCAGGAAGCCUGGAGAGACUGGUUAUAAAAUCCCUAAAGGUGGAAUGUUUGAGUACGUGUCUGGUGCCAACUUUUUAGGGGAGAUAACCGAAUGGGUGGGCUUCGCUGUGGCGAGCCAAUCUGUACACAGCGCAGCCUUUGCCGUCUUCACCAUCGUGAUUCUCAGGAGCAGGGCUGUGGGUCACCACAAGUGGUACCUUGCUAAAUUUGAAGACUACCCAAAAACACGGAAGGCAUUAAUCCCAUUUUUGUAUUAGAAUAUACUGCCGUUUUUUUCCCUACAGGCAGGGUAUUUUUUAAUUCCAAAACUAUCCCAUAUACUUUUUAGGAGGAUUUUAAAAAAAACUAUAGGGCUGCACAAAAAAUGGGAAAAAUUCCAUCGGCAACACAAACAUGCAAACUAAUGUGGAAAUUGUUUUAGAAAACACAAAGUUCCUGCUCUCUCGCCCCUAUUUACCAUCUUGAAGGACAUUAUAUUCAUUCAUUUGUUGGGAAACGACUUUGUUAGCGCCACCUUCAGGACAUGAAUCAAUCUUCAGCGACAGCAACGUAGGGUUGUUUAGUUUUUUGGUUUGUUUUUAAUAUUUCAAGCGUUCCACUGCUGCACUUCCUUUGUUUGUUAUAGUUAUAGGUCACCACUGGUGGAGUUUUUUUUAGGGUUUUUUCUUAUUAUGCAUGAAUAUCUACUCAAUAUUUUUGAUAUACAGACUCCGAGUUUGAAGUGGAAGCAAAGCCAACAUGCUUUGCUCUAUAAAGAACCAUAAAGAAGAAUUGCAAAGCAGGCUUUUCAUAUUUUUGUAUCUCAAGAGUCAUCAGUUCUAUUUAACAACCACUUGACUGGAAUGGAUAAGUAAGGGACCUCCUGUUCAUUUUUUUUCCACCUCAUCCUCUCAAAUGCAGUACAUAAAAAGACAUAAAAUGUAACCGCACCUCCAGCCUGUAACUGUAGCAGGGCUGUCCUUGACAUUUGGACCUGCUUGGAGCAAGUAUGGCGCUCAAUCAUAACUCGGCUAUGUCUGAAAUGGCCGGUGUCGCCUGAACACAUCACUACUGUCAGGGUCUAAAGAGACCGGAUCCCUGGAUGAGACGACAGAAUAAGAAAUAUUCAUUUAUAUCAUGACUAGACUAUUUACAAUCAAAAGCCAUCAAACGUCCAACGCUAGGCUGUUUGUUCCUUUGUGUGUCGUCUGCAUGCCACAUUCUUGUGAAAUGCAAUAUUCAUAUUUCUACAGGAUUGAAUGGGAAAGCUACAGCUUUUGCUUGAUGAGGUUUUACACUGCAUGGGAACUAUCCAAACAAUUGUAUCUUCUAGCUGGCAUUCUUAUCUUGCAUCUUUAAAUGUAACAUUUUAACAUUCCUGUUAUACAUGUUUAAAGAGGAGGGGAGCACGGUAUAAUACAACUAAAAUAACAUUUGUCAUUUACGAGUGGUAAUGCGAUGGUUAGCGCGCAGACCUCACAGCUAGGAGACCCAAGUUCAAUCCCACCCUCGGCCAUCUCUGUGUGGAGUUUGCAUGUUCUCCCCGUGCAUGCGUGGGUUUUCCCCGGGUACUCCGGUUUCCUCCCACAUUCCAAAAACAUGCUAGGUUAAUUGGCAACUCCAAAUUGUCCAUAGGUAUGAAUGUGAGUGUGAAUGGUUGUUUGUCUAUAUGUGCCCUGUGAUUGGCUGGCGACCAGUCCAGGGUGUACCCCGCCUCUCGUCCGAAGACAGCUGGGAUAGGCUCCAGCACCCCCUGCGACCCUCGUGAGGAUAAGCGGUAGAAAAUGAAUGAUGAAUUGAAUGAAUAGUAUGAAUUUUUGUUAGUCCAACACAAGCUUGUUCAUACUCUCCUGGACUCGACAAGAGACUGAGCAUUUUUCUGCAUUUUUGUGUUAUUUCUUGACGGCAGUGGGAGAAAAUCAGUGUUUUAUACGUCUCAAUUAAGGAUGUACCAAGUCGAGCAAAGUCUGAAGUCCAUGGGCUUGAAAUGUUUGAGUCCUUACAAGUCAUAAGCAGCGUGUCCAAUGUCACAGUCUUUUAAAUCCAAUUGAUUGUGUUUUCCCAAUAAAAUAAGACAUGUGACAAUACUUGGUCACAGAAAAAGAUGUCUGGCACAACAUUCAGGAUUUAGUCUGUUAACAGAAAAUUCAGUGAGGCAGAUUCUGUUGGAAAAUAUACUGGAAAUGACAUUCAUGAUUGGUUAAAUACUUUGAAUGGACACAUUUUAUUAACAUCACUAAAAAUCUCAAGUAUUUGCAGGUCAUUGGACUAAAGUCAGGCGGCACUUUGGUCGAGUGGUUAGCGCGCAGACCUCACAGCUAGGAGACCAGGGUUCAAUUCCACCCUCGGCCAUCUCUGUGUGGAGUUUGCAUGUUCUCCCCGUGCAUGCGUGGGUUUUCUCCGGGUACUCCAGUUUCCUCCCACAUUCCAAAAACAUGCUAGGUUAAUUGCCGUCUCCAAAUUGUCCAUAGGUAUGAACGUGAGUGUGAAUGGUUGUUUGUCUAUAUGUGCCCCGCGACCCUCGUGAGGAAAAGCGGUAUAAAAUGAAUGAAUGAAUGGACUAAAGUCCGAGUCGAGUCGAAAUUCACCAAAAUUGUGACUUCAGUCCACACCUGUUUCUUGAAUGGACUAUCUAUCCACGUGCAAAAACAACGGAAGUACUGAAUGCAGCAUUUCGCUCUGGCUUCACUUGACACCAAGCUGCUAAUAGACUUGUUUGCCUCAUCUGCUUGACUACAACCUGACGCCACGUCAUGUUACACACAGCAAUAGUCCGGUGUCGUGGGUGGGCGGGAUUGUGUUCCAGCCGUUCCCAAUGCGUGUAAUCACAUAAACGAUGACAGUGAGGCAAAGCAGCCAUGAAAACGCAUGAUACAAAGCCUCAUAACCUGCUCUUGUUGUUGUGCGUGUGCUUGCAGCGUGUGCCAAGCUGAUGCUUAUGUUUCCUGCACUGAGAGAUGAAGAUAAGGAUACGGCUUAGAUUUUUUAUUUUUUUUUUACACAGGCAGUGGGAGUGAGCAGCUGUGUGCAUGUCUGCAUGGGUGUUUUGUGAGGGAGAGAGAGCUGCAUAUCUUUUCUGACACAUAGUUUGCUCUGGGGGGCUUUCCUUGACUCUGUCACAUGCUACACGUGAGCAGCCGGGGUCGGGGCAAAGCAUUAUGCAAGAGGCGUUCCCUCUCCCUCACUCUCUUUUAUAAUGUAUACUCAUCCCACAAGGUGCUGGUUAUGUCGUAGCCUGUCUUCCUCUGCUUCAUGAUGGAUGCAUAAUGGGCAGGCUGGGAUAUGGCUGCCACUGAUGCAGAACACCACCUGCUGUUAUGUGGGAAACUGCAAAUACAGUAUUACAAAUACUAUAUAGAAAGGGUAUGGUUCAGUAUGUGAGAAGCAUGAAAAGAUGUUUGCCUUGUGAGUAUUUUAUAUGGCAGAUGAUCUCUACUGGGUUAUGAUUCAUGUUUUGCUGGAUAGAUAGCACAUUCUGCACACAUGUUUUUAGUACUUAUUCCCCCACCAAUACAGUAAUAGAAGAGACAAAGUUACAUAUCAGUAUAUGUACAGGUGAUAAUAUGAUGUGGGAAAUGAAUGACAUUUACAAUUGUUUGGU